AUGGGCAAAGUUCUCAUCUGUCGGAAUUACCGUGGAGAUGUGGACAUGUCUGAGGUGGAGCAUUUCAUGCCCAUCCUCAUGGAGAAGGAGGAGGAGGGGACCCUCUCUCCCAUCCUGGCACACGGAGGAGUCCGUUUCAUGUGGAUUAAACACAACAACUUGUAUCUUGUUGCAACUUCUAAGAAAAAUGCUUGUGUGUCACUGGUGUUUUCCUUUUUAUAUAAAGUAGUUCAGGUGUUUUCUGAGUAUUUCAAGGAGUUGGAAGAAGAGAGCAUUAGGGAUAAUUUUGUUAUUAUUUAUGAGUUGUUAGAUGAGCUUAUGGAUUUUGGUUAUCCCCAAACCACUGAUAGUAAAAUUUUACAAGAGUACAUCACUCAGGAAGGUCACAAACUUGAAACUGGAGCUCCACGUCCACCUGCCACUGUCACCAAUGCUGUUUCAUGGAGAUCAGAAGGGAUCAAAUACAGGAAAAAUGAAGUGUUCCUGGAUGUGAUAGAGUCUGUGAACCUUUUGGUCAGUGCCAACGGGAACGUGUUGAGGAGCGAGAUAGUUGGAUCCAUUAAGAUGAGGGUGUUCCUGUCGGGAAUGCCGGAGCUGCGCCUUGGCCUCAACGACAAAGUUCUCUUUGAUAACACAGGCCGUGGGAAAAGCAAGUCAGUAGAACUAGAAGAUGUGAAGUUCCACCAGUGUGUUCGUCUCUCGCGCUUUGAGAACGACAGAACCAUUUCCUUCAUCCCCCCUGAUGGAGAGUUUGAGCUCAUGUCCUAUCGCCUCAACACCCACGUAAAACCACUGAUCUGGAUCGAGUCUGUGAUUGAAAAACAUUCCCACAGCCGCAUUGAGUACAUGAUCAAGGCAAAAAGCCAAUUCAAGCGUCGCUCAACUGCCAACAACGUGGAGAUCCACAUCCCGGUUCCGAACGACGCGGACUCGCCAAAGUUUAAAACCACUGUUGGAAGUGUCAAAUGGGUUCCAGAGAACAGUGAAAUUGUCUGGUCCAUUAAAUCUUUUCCAGGUGGUAAAGAAUACCUGAUGAGAGCUCACUUUGGACUUCCAAGUGUUGAAGCUGAAGAUAAGGAAGGAAAACCUCCCAUUAGUGUAAAGUUUGAGAUUCCAUAUUUCACCACUUCAGGAAUCCAGGUUCGCUACUUAAAGAUAAUUGAGAAGAGUGGUUACCAGGCUCUCCCCUGGGUUCGUUAUAUUACCCAGAAUGGAGACUACCAGCUUCGGACACAGUAAAACACCUCCCAGCCCCACAGACCACACAACUUCAGGCCUAGGAUUUGUUUGCAGAAGCUUCUGUGGGACUGAGAGCCCUGAAUGUCGUUGCCAAGGGUCUUGAUUCCACCAUCUCAGAUUGGCAGGAGAAGGAUGGGGGGAAAAAAAAAAAAUCACUGUUUUCAGUAACGUGUUUGAGCAUUUGAACCAUUAGUAUUGAUUGUGUGAAUAUUUAUUUCAUUCUUAGAACAUGCUGAUCUUGCUGCUAAGUGCUGAUUACGUUAGGAGUAGCAGUUACCUUGAGGAGCCAGGAAUACAGAAUGAACCUUGAGAAUGUCUUGUCAAUGCCUUGUCCAUUAUAUUCCCAAAGUCUCUAGGAUUCAUGUUCUGGGAUCUCUGAAGACUUUGGCAGCAUUAUGCUACAAAUUAGGGAGAUGAUUGUGCAAUUCAAUGACUGCUGAACACUUAGUUGUAUUUA